AUGAACUUACGUGUAACUAUAGAAAAUGGUGCAAUAGUGGACAUGUUUACUGGUAAUGAAAAGGAUCGUAUUAUAGAAUUAUUUGAGAUGUUUAAUCACUUUUACAAAGAUAUUACAAAUGUUAAUGAUAAUACUCAUGUUAGUGAUGAUACAUUUAGAGAAGCAUUAAUGUUAUUUCAGUUAACAUAUAAUCUUGAAAUAAGUGGUGAAUUAAGUGAUGACACUUUAAAUUUUAUGAACAUGUCUAGAUGUGGUGUAAAAGAUGAUUUUGGUAGCUAUAGAACUAGUUUGUAUAAAUGGAAUAAGAAACAUAUAAAAUGGCAUUAUAAAGGUGCUACUAAAAAGGUAUUACAUGUAACAGAUGCAGCAUUUAAAAUAUGGCAAGAUAAAAUAGAUAUUCAGUUUAAACAUGAUAGCAAUAAUCCUGAUAUCUUAAUUACAAAUAAAAGACGUCAUGCAUUUUUUCCAGAUAUGAAUAAUAAUCCUGUAGAAAUACAUAUGGAUGAUGAUGAAAUAUGGUAUUUAGAGAUGAAUACUAAUACACCAAAAGGACAAACAAAUCUAUUUGAAGUAUUAAUACAUGAGAUUGGUCAUUCAUUAGGUCUACGACAUUCAGAUGAUUAUGGUUCAAUAAUGUAUGCAUACUAUAAUGGAUCGCAUUUAGAAUUAUCUCAAGAUGAUAUUGAUGCUAUUCAAAGUUUAUAUGAUAGAUAUGCAAAAAUGAUUGGUUGGGAUGAUUGUACAGCUAUAAUUGGUUGUAAUAUUGUAUAUAAAGGAAUGAUGGAUAGAUCAGAUAAAAAGGUACAUGUAUUAGAAUUUAGACAACAAUAA